AUGGUGAGUCGGUACCGAGGGUUUGGGACUGAUCUCGGGAAGAAAAUUGAUUGGCCAAUUCACAUGCAUCUUUUGUAUUUAGCCAUACUUUACCCAACCGACCCUAUUACGUCCGCAAUCAAUUCUUCCAUUGUUUGCCUUUUCUGGGGCAUUUCUUCAGAUGUUCUAGUUAUUUUUGGUACUAUUCUUUUUGGUGUUAUUAAUCUCGCCUUGGCUUUAAUGGCAGCAUUAAGAACCGUUGAGAUCGAACGAGAUCGACGAAUGUAG